AUGGAAACCUUUAUAAAAGGAAUCACAUUGCAAUCCCAUAAUCAAGAAUCUGUUGGUGAUGAUAAUGAAGAUGAACUGUUUGAUGCAAAUGAAGUAACUAAUGAUAUGACACUCAGAGAUGCAUCUUUUGAAGGAGAAGAGGAUUUAGGUGUCUUUGAAGAAGGAACUGGUAAUUCUAUUAACAGAACUGAACAUUGGGUAGAAUUUAUUCAAAAUUGGAUGAAUAUGAUUGAUGAUAAUAAAGAUAUUUCUGAUCCUUUAGAAUUUAUAUCUGUAGAUCAUACUAUACAUCCUGCUGAUGAUUCAAUUGCCAAAUGGAAAUCACCUGAUUUUGUAAAUUCAUUUGAUUAA